GACGGACGGACAGACGCGGACGGACGCGGCCCCUCCCUGCCGCCGCCGCCCGCCCGCCCGGGGCUCCCACCUCGCCGGCGCCGGGCCCGGGAGCGAUGACAUCGACGGGGAAGGACGGCGGCGGGGCGCAGCACGCGCAGUAUGUGGGGCCCUACCGGCUGGAGAAGACGCUGGGCAAGGGGCAGACAGGCCUGGUGAAGCUGGGGAUUCACUGUGUCACGUGCCAGAAGGUGGCUAUUAAAAUCGUCAACCGGGAGAAGCUCAGCGAGUCUGUGCUGAUGAAGGUCGAGCGGGAGAUCGCCAUCCUGAAGCUCAUCGAACACCCCCACGUUCUAAAGCUACACGACGUUUAUGAAAACAAAAAAUAUUUAUACCUGGUGCUAGAACACGUGUCUGGCGGGGAGCUCUUCGACUACCUUGUCAAGAAGGGGAGGCUGACCCCCAAAGAGGCCCGGAAGUUCUUCCGGCAGAUCAUCUCCGCACUGGACUUUUGUCACAGCCACUCUAUAUGCCACAGGGAUCUGAAGCCGGAAAACCUGCUGCUAGACGAGAAGAACAACAUCCGGGUGGCCGACUUCGGGAUGGCGUCGCUGCAGGUUGGCGACAGUCUGCUGGAGACCAGCUGCGGGUCCCCCCACUACGCCUGCCCCGAGGUGAUCCGGGGGGAGAAGUACGACGGCCGCAAGGCGGACGUGUGGAGCUGCGGCGUCAUCCUCUUCGCCCUGCUGGUGGGGGCUCUGCCCUUCGAUGACGACAACCUGCGACAGCUGCUGGAGAAGGUGAAGCGCGGCGUGUUCCACAUGCCCCACUUCAUCCCGCCCGACUGCCAGAGCCUGCUGCGCGGCAUGAUCGAGGUGGACGCCGCCCGGCGCCUCACGCUAGAGCACAUUCAGAAACACAUAUGGUAUAUAGGGGGCAAGAACGAGCCGGAGCCAGAGCAGCCCAUCCCCCGCAAGGUGCAGAUCCGCUCGCUGCCCAGCCUGGAGGACAUCGACCCCGACGUGCUGGACAGCAUGCACUCGCUGGGCUGCUUCCGGGACCGCAACAAGCUUCUGCAGGACCUGCUGUCCGAGGAGGAGAACCAGGAGAAGAUGAUUUAUUUCCUUCUCCUGGACCGGAAAGAAAGGUACCCGAGCCACGAGGACGAGGACCUGCCCCCCAGAAACGAAAUAGACCCUCCCCGGAAGCGUGUGGACUCCCCGAUGCUGAACCGGCACGGCAAGCGGCGGCCUGAACGCAAGUCCAUGGAGGUGCUCAGCGUGACGGACGGCGGCUCCCCGGUGCCCGCGCGGAGGGCCAUCGAGAUGGCCCAGCAUGGCCAGAGUAAAGCAGUGUUCAGUAAAAGCCUGGAUAUCGCUGAAGCCCACCCCCAAUUCAGCAAAGAAGACAGGUCAAGGUCCAUCAGUGGCGCUUCCUCGGGCCUGUCCACCAGCCCGCUGAGCAGCCCCCGGGUGACCCCUCACCCCUCUCCAAGGGGUAGUCCCCUCCCCACCCCUAAGGGGACGCCCGUGCAUACGCCCAAGGAGAGCCCGGCAGGCACGCCAAACCCCACGCCCCCGUCCAGCCCCAGCGUCGGAGGGGUGCCCUGGAGGACGCGGCUCAACUCCAUCAAGAACAGCUUCCUGGGGUCGCCCCGCUUCCACCGCCGGAAACUGCAGGUUCCGACACCAGAGGAGAUGUCCAACCUGACCCCGGAGUCGUCUCCAGAGCUCGCCAAGAAGUCCUGGUUCGGGAACUUUAUCAACCUGGAGAAGGAGGAGCAGAUCUUUGUAGUCAUAAAGGACAAAGCCCUGAGCUCCAUCAAAGCAGACAUCGUUCACGCCUUCCUAUCGAUCCCCAGCCUCAGCCACAGCGUCAUCUCCCAGACGAGCUUCCGGGCGGAGUAUAAGGCGACGGGCGGCCCGGCGGUGUUCCAGAAGCCGGUCAAAUUCCAAGUGGACAUCACCUACACGGAGGGCGGGGCGGCGCACAAGGAGAAUGGCAUCUACUCCGUCACGUUCACGCUCCUGUCAGGCCCCAGCCGCCGCUUCAAGAGGGUCGUGGAGACCAUUCAGACCCAGUUACUGAGCACACACGACCAGCCCUCUGCCCAGCACUUGUCAGACACCACUAACUGUAUGGAAAUGAUGACGGGGAGGCUUUCCAAAUGUGGCAGCCCAUUGAGUAGCUUCUUUGACGUAAUUAAACAACUUUUUUCAGACGAGAAGAACGGGCAGGCGGCCCCGGCCCCCAGCACGGCCGCCAAGCCGAGUGCCCACGGCCCCCUCGGUGACGCCGCGGCCGCCGGCCCGGGCCCUGGAGGGGACGCCGCGUGCCCGCCGGCCCCGGACCCGGCCCGGACGGCGCCGCCCGCCGCCCGCCGCGAGCAGCCUUAGCCCCGUAGCCGCUGCCCCCGCCGGCCGCCCGGGGUGGAGAGGAAAGGGGGCACGGGGGCCACCGCCCGCGCCGCCGCGCCCGCGCUUUCUCUCUCCCGCUGUCUCUGUCUCUGCCUGUCUCUGACGCGGCCACUGUUUCCGCUCUGAUACCAGGAACUGUCCCGAAAACUUAACAUGUCACCUCCACGAGGCCGUCCUCGGGGCUCCGCGCCGGACACCGGCUGACCGAAGGCAGCUGCCGCGGACCCGCCCUCCCUCGUCUCCUGCUGCCGCCGCCGCCCCGCCCCGCGGCCCCGC